GUGUGACGUCAGCAGCGGUCGGUAAACGGUCGGGGUUUCUGAAGAAACAAACCGGAGACUCAAUCGGGGCUCCAGCCGCGCGCUCCCCAGUUUACCUGUCGGUGCUGUCGAUUACCUGUCGGUGUGUUGGAGCGGCGGGCAGCGGGAGGAGCCGCAGAAGCAGCGGGAGAACCGGAGCAGAACCGGACAGAACCCGGAGAAGAAAGAGUUGGAGAGUUUCAGGUCUUGCGCUCCGCAGCUGAACAUGGACGGAAGUUUGCUGCUGCCGCUCGCGCUGCUUCUACUGGGACCGACGGGCGCGCGGACCGACACCUUUAAAGCCUGCCUGUCGGGUCCCGACUGUGUUCUGAUUCAGUCCAAAGAUGACGACUUCGACUGGGAACAGAGCGACACCAGAGACAGAACAUCCAGCAGCCCCUGGAUCCCUGCAGGUUCCUCCUUCCUGUUCGUGAACACGUCGGGUCGCUAUGGCGGUCAGCGAGCUCAGUUGCUGCUGCCGCCGCUCAAAGAAAACGACACGCACUGCGUCAGCUUCCUGUUCUAUCAGGCAGGUGGCCGGGAGGGCGUCAGCCCGGCAACGCUCAACAUCUACAUCACAGAGAACAACAGUCCUCUGGGAGUUCCAGUGUUUAACUCAUCAGGCCCCGCCUACCACAUCUGGAAGGGGGUGGAGCUUGCAGUGUCCACCUUCUGGCCCAAUCACUACCAGGUGGUGUUCGAGGCGGUUAGCACCGGACAGAGAGGCAUCCUGGCCAUCAAGGACAUCACACUGCAGGGACACCAGUGUUUGAGCACGCCUCACUUCCUGCACAUCAAAGGUGUGGAGGUGAACGCAGGACAGACGGCCACGUUCCACUGCACCGUCAACGGACGACCGCAGAACAACCUGCUGCUCUACCUGCAGGGGAUGGGUGGUCGUCAGGCAGUUGCUAAGGAAACCAAACCGGUGAACUCCCGGCGCUAUGUGGCGAGCUUUGAUGUUGAGAACACGACUAAAGGCGACUCCGGACGCUACCGUUGCAUCGCCCAAUCAGAACGGGGCGUGGGUGUGUCCUGCUAUGCUGACCUCACAGUCAAACAGCCCCCGGUACCGAUCGCCCCCCCUCAGCUGACCGCUGUCGGCGCCACCUACUUGUGGAUCCAACUGAACGCCAACUCCAUCAACGGAGAUGGACCUAUCAUUGACAGAGAGGUGGAGUACCGUACCAUGGCAGGUAUGUUGAUCGACACCACACCUGUGGACAAGCCCACUCAUAAGAUCGGACACCUGGACCCUGACACCGAGUAUGAGAUCAGCGUUCUGCUCACCAGGCCCCUAGAGGGUGGGACUGGAAACCCUGGACCACCGCUCAGAGCCCGGACCAAGUGUGCAGAUCCGAUGCACGGCCCACGACGCCUUGAGGUUGUUGACAUCCAGUCCAAACAGGUGACAGUCCGAUGGGAACCGUUUGGAUACAACGUAACCCGCUGCCACAGCUACAACCUCACGGUGCAGUACCGCUACCGGCCAGCAGGGGCCCUCAGCAGGGAGCCACUGAAGGACGAGCUGCGGGAGGAGGAGGUGUACGACACGCUGAGCUCGGUGCCACAGCACACCGUACGGAACCUUCCACCAUUCACCAACGUCAGCCUGAGACUCGUCCUGAGCAACUCUGAGGGACGCAAGGAGAGCGAGGAGCUGCUGGUGCUGACGGACGAGGACGUUCCGGGUGCAGUUCCUGUGGAGUCCAUCGUGGGCAGCAGCUAUGAGCAGCAGAUUAGUCUGAGCUGGAGGGAGCCUCUGCAGACCUACGGCCUCAUCCGGCAGUAUGAGAUCUCCUACAAGGCCCUGAGCUCCUUUGACACAGAAUUCGACCUGUCCAAUCAGAGCGGCAAGGUGUUCAAACUGGCCAAUGAGACGAGCCACAUGUUUGCCGGUCUGUCUCCAGGCUCCACGUACUCCUUCACAAUAAGAGCCUCCACCGUGAAGGGCUUCGGUCCUCCAGUCAUCACACAGUUCACCACCAAGAUCUCAGCCCCUCUGAUGCCAGCAUAUGAUCAAGAGUCUCCUCUGAACCAGACCGACUCCACUGUCACCGUCAUGCUAAAGCCGGCUCAGAGCCGAGGAGCUCCCGUCAGUAAGUACCAAGUGGUGGUGGAGGAGGAGCGCCCCCGCAGGCAGAGGAGAGGCUCUGCAGAGAUCCUGCGCUGUUAUCCAGUCCCCAUCCACUUCCAGAAUGCAACACUGCUCAACUCGCAGUACUUCAGUGCCGAGCUGCCGAUGAGCGAGCUGAGGGCACCCUUGCCCUUCUGUGUCGGUGACAACAGGACCUACAGCGGUUACUGGAAUGCUCCUCUGCUGCCUCACAAGAGUUAUGGGAUCUACUACCAGGCUGUCAGCACCGCUAACGGGGAGACAAAGAUCGACUGUGUUCGAGUCGCCACCAAAGCUGCUAUAAUCGUCACCCAGCUCACUACGCCAUACAUUCGCAUCGCUCCGGCAGCUGGAGACAAGCAGCUAACAGGAGCUGUGACCAGAAAACCAGAACCAGAGCAGGAGAAGCAGUCAGAUCACACGGUGAAGAUCGCUGGGUCCAUCGCUGGAGUGCUCCUCUUCAUCAUAAUCUUCCUCGGAGUCAUCCUGCUGAUGAAGAAACGCAAACUGGCCAAGAAGAGGAAGGAAACUCUGAGCUCCAGACAGGAAAUGACUCUGAUGGUCAACAACUCCCAACACACCACCAUGGUGGACACACACACCGUGAACGGACGCACUGUGUCAUCUCCUUCGUCCUUCACCCUGAAGACCAACACCAUCAGCACCACCGUCCCCAACUCCUACUACCCAGAUCCCUUCGUUCCGACGGCCAUUCUGGUGCCCAUUAAUGACGACAGCCACACCAUGACCAGUGAAACCAGUAGCCUGGUCCAGUCCCACUACAAGCAGCGGGAGUCGGAGCGGGAGGCGCUGCCCUACCAGACGGGUCAGUUGCACCCAGCCAUCCGGGUGGCCGACCUGCUGCAGCACAUCACCCAGAUGAAGUGUGCCGAAGGCUACGGCUUCAAGGAGGAGUACGAGAGCUUCUUUGAGGGACAGUCGGCUCCGUGGGAUUCGGCCAAGAAGGACGAGAACCGCAUGAAGAACCGUUAUGGCAACAUCAUUGCCUAUGAUCACUCUCGUGUGCGUCUGCAGCCUCAGGACGGAGAUGGCGGCUCCGACUACAUCAAUGCCAACUACGUCGAUGGCUACCACCGACCGAACCACUACAUCGCCACACAGGGGCCCAUGCAGGAGACGGUGUACGAUUUCUGGCGAAUGGUAUGGCAGGAAAACACUGCUGCCAUCGUCAUGGUAACCAACCUGGUGGAGGUGGGGCGGGUGAAGUGUUGUAAGUACUGGCCAGACGACACUGAGAUUUACGGGGACAUGAAGGUGACGCUGAUUGAAACUCAGCUCCUGUCAGAAUACGUGAUCCGGACAUUUGCCAUGGAGAAGAGGGGUGUGGCAGAGAUCAGGGAGAUCCGACAGUUUCAUUUCACCGGUUGGCCCGAUCACGGAGUGCCGCUUCACGCCACUGGCCUGCUGGGAUUCAUCCGUCGCGUGAAGGCAAAGACUCCGCCCACCGCUGGCCCCACCGUCGUCCACUGCAGUGCGGGGGCGGGGCGGACAGGUUGUUUCAUCGUUAUCGAUAUCAUGCUGGACAUGGCGGAGAGAGAAGGUGUGGUCGACAUCUACAACUGUGUGAGAGAGCUGAGAGCACGAAGGGUUAACAUGGUGCAGACAGAGGAGCAGUAUGUCUUCAUCCAUGACGCCAUCUUGGAGGCGUGUCUGUGCGGCGACACAGCGAUUCCAGCCAAUCAGUUGCGGUCGGUUUAUUAUGAGAUGAACCGAUUGGAUCCUCAGACCAACUCCAGUCAGAUCAAAGAGGAGUUCAGGACAUUGAAUAUGGUGACGCCCACUCUGCGAGUGGAGGAUUGCAGCAUCGCUCUGUUGCCUAGAAACCACGAGAAGAACCGUUGCAUGGACGUUCUGCCUCCGGACCGCUGCCUGCCAUUCCUCAUCACCAUCGAUGGCGAGAGCUCCAACUACAUCAACGCUGCGCUCAUGGAUAGCUACAAGCAGCCGUCAGCGUUCAUUGUUACCCAGCAUCCUUUGCCAAACACGGUCAAAGAUUUCUGGCGUCUGGUCCUCGAUUACCACUGUACCUCUAUCGUCAUGCUAAAUGAUGUGGACCCCGCACAGCUGUGUCCUCAGUACUGGCCGGAGAACGGCCUCCAUCGCCUCGGGUCGCUGCAGGUCGAGUUCGUGUCUGCAGAUCUGGAGGAGGAUGUCAUCAGCCGCAUCUUCAGGAUCUACAAUACAGCCAGGCCCCAGGAUGGGUACCGCAUGGUGCAGCAGUUCCAGUUCCUGGGCUGGCCAAUGUACCGCGACACGCCCGUCUCCAAACGCUCCUUCCUCAAACUGGUUCACCAGGUGGACAAAUGGCAGGACGAGUACGAUGGCGGCGAGGGACGCACUGUAGUCCACUGCCUUAAUGGUGGGGGUCGUAGUGGGGUGUUCUGCAGCAUCAGUAUCGUGUGUGAGAUGUUGAGGCAGCAGCGUCAGGUGGACGUCUUUCACUCCGUUAAAACUCUGAGGAACAACAAACCAAACAUGGUGGACCUGCUGGAUCAAUAUAAGUUCUGCUAUGAAGUCGCUCUGGAGUAUCUGAACUCUGCUUAGAUUUACCUUCAUCACCUCCUGGAGGAGGAGGAGAAUGAAGAGGAGGAGGAUGAAGAGGAGGAGGAUGAAGAAGAGGAGGAGGAGGACUACUGACUGACUGAGGAAGAGGAGGUGGAGGAAGAUGUUUGCACUGCCCUGAUGGACUCUCAGCGUUUCUCACCUCAUGUUGUUAUUUUGUCUUGUUGUUUUUAUGUUUAUUGUCGUAUUGAAACUGAAGCAACCAAAACUCUGUCAGAGUGAAUCAGUGAUCAGUCAGUGAUCAAUCAGUGAUCAAUUUUCCUGAUCAGACCUGAGUUCUGUCUCCAGGUGUUCAUUCUGUACCUGUCAAAUUAAGCCCCGCUCCCUUCUCAUAAACAGGAAGUCAGAUAUUCAGAAACUAAAACCUUCAUAGAGUUCUGAAGUGUCCUGAUGAUCUGAAGAGAUCAUCUGCUCUAUAUGGUUCUAGAGGAUCAAUGAGUUUAUCAAUUAUCAAUGAGAACCUCUGGACAUCAUCUGAUUUAAAGGGUUCUAGAGGAUCAGUCAGUUUAUUAUCAACAAUAACCAGUUCAACCUGUGGCUUAUUGAUCAGUUCUGUAACCAGUGAGGCUGAUUUUGAUUGGUCAUGACAUCACUGUGACAUCAGAGCUCAGGAUCAUGUUUAAUCAAUCACUGACAUCAUUAAUCGAUUAAUUGAUAAGUAGCUGAAGGCUUCACUCAGCCGCCAACAAUUUUCAGAUUUUUCUGAUUUCACGCAGGCAGAAAAAUGCCAAAACUUUCUAAAUCUGUUGAGCUCCUCAUGCUUUUAACAUUCUGAAGGUUCUGGACCAUCCAUUGGUGUUUAAAUGGGUCAGAACAUUUUAACGUUCUGAAGGUUCUGGACCAUCCGUUGAUGUUUAAACGGAUCACAACUGUUCAAGACCGAAGCCUCAACAGAACCGCCAUGAAGUCUGGUUGGUGGAGAACAUCUCAGACACUUCGAGGAACCAAAAGAACCAAACAAUGGAACAGCAACAGUUUAAAAUCCGCUGAAUCAACUCAAGGAUGACUUACUGCUGUCUGUUCCUCAGCUUUCUGCUGGAAGCUUGGAUGUUUCCAUGGCAAUGGCGCCAAGAGAUUCUGUCGAUGAGGACAAUGAAAUUCGGUCAAAAGCACGAGAAAAGAUUUUUUGAGUUGAGACUGUUUCAUGUGUUUCAUAGAAGUGUCUAAAUUUUCUAAAGAGUCGUCGUCCUUCUGUCUUCUUGGCUGGUGGAGACGGGUCCAAGCCCGGUCCCCGUCGGGUCCAUUUGUUCUGUCAGCAGCUGGAUGAAGCUGAUUGGCUGUCAGCUGUUAAUAAUGUACAUAGAGCAGGAGGAAGCAGGAAGAAGAGUAUUUAUUCAUUCAGUUGUUCUUGAUGUUGUCGUUGUCGUUCUUGUGAACCACACAGAGAGAGACAAUCAUGGUGGACAGUUCUACUGUUCCACACACAGAACCACAGUUAGACCAUGUUUGAUGUAACCCUGCUGACAUAUGGCUCUGGUCUAAUUUAACCCUGGUUACAGCCUGAGUUGAUCCAAUCUUUGUAACAUGCAGCUCUGGGUUGAUAAACAUCUCAGACACAUGGCUCCUGGUCGGCGUAACCCUGCUGCUCUAUGGAUCUAUGGAUGUUCUGUGGAUAUUCUAUGGAUCUAUGGGUGUUCUAUGGAUCUAUGGAUGUUCUAUGGAUCUAUGGAUGAUCUAUGGAUAGUCUAUGGAUCUAUGGGUGUUCUAUGGAUAGUCUAUGGAUCUAUGGAUGUUCUGUGGAUAUUCUAUGGAUCUAUGGGUGUUCUAUGGAUCUAUGGGUGUUCUAUGGAUCUAUGGAUGUUCUAUGGAUCUAUGGAUGAUCUGUGGAUAUUCUAUGGAUCUAUGGGUGUUCUAUGGAUAGUCUAUGGAUCUAUGGAUGUUCUGUGGAUAUUCUAUGGAUCUAUGGGUGUUCUAUGGAUCUAUGGAUGUUCUAUGGAUCUAUGGAUGAUCUAUGGAUAUUCUAUGGAUCUAUGGAUGUUCUAUGGAUCUAUGGAUGAUCUGUGGAUAUUCUAUGGAUCUAUGGGUGUUCUAUGGAUAGUCUAUGGAUCUAUGGAUGUUCUGUGGAUAUUCUAUGGAUCUAUGGGUGUUCUAUGGAUCUAUGGAUGUUCUAUGGAUCUAUGGAUGAUCUAUGGAUAUUCUAUGGAUCUAUGGAUGUUCUAUGGAUCUAUGGAUGAUCUGUGGAUAUUCUAUGGAUCUAUGGGUGUUCUAUGGAUCUAUGGGUGUUCUAUGGAUCUAUGGAUGUUCUAUGGAUCUAUGGAUGAUCUGUGGAUAUUCUAUGGAUCUAUGGGUGUUCUAUGGAUCUAUGGAUGUUCUAUGGAUCUAUGGAUGAUCUAUGGAUAGUCUAUGGAUCUAUGGGUGUUCUAUGGAUAGUCUAUGGAUCUAUGGAUGUUCUGUGGAUAUUACAUGGAUCUAUGGAUUUUCUGUGGAUCUAUGGAGGUUCUAUGACUCUAUAGAUAUUCCAUGGAUGUUCUAUGGAUCUAUGGGUGUUUUAUGGAUGUUCUAUGGCUGUUCUAUGGCUAGCUGUGGUGUUGACUGAACCCUGUUGGUGCAUGGCUGUGGUGCUGAUGAGAACAUUAUUGUAAUGAAAGCUUUUAUUUAUGUUGUAUGAUUCCAAAAUACUACAAAUAAAAAUAUCUAUACACACUGCA